AUGAAGCUGCAGCCCGUCCCCAAGUCCACCGACGGAGCCGGCUACCUCCCCAUCAUCAGCUGCACGCUGCGGACCGCCAGCCUCGAGGAUGAGCCAGAAUACUCCGCCCUGUCGUACGUCUGGGGCGACCCGAACACCACACGCCCGAUCCUCAUUGACGGCAAGGCAUUCCACGUCACGGUCAACCUGGAGGUAGCGCUGCGGCAACUGGCCGAGGAGCUGCGGCAGCGCCGGCACAACCCGACCUGGCUGUGGGUAGACGCCAUAUGCAUCAACCAGCACGACACGACGGAACGGACGCAUCAGGUGUGCCAGAUGGACCAGAUUUACCGGCGGGCGUCUCGGGUUGUCGUCUGGCUGGGACCCAGCACGCCGGACAGCGACGCCGCCAUCGCCGCUCUCGAGACCGUCUACUCGAUCGCGGAGACGUCGCGUACCAAGCAUUGGGUGCGCUCGUGGCCGCUUUUCCAGUUCCAGGAGGCGCCACGGCCUGAGACGUCGGCGCACCGCAUCCAAGCGGCGCUGGACGAGGUGCUCGGGUUACUACGGGCGGAUGGGUGCCGCGCGCUAGACGCGGUGGCCGCGCUGUUCACGCGCGACUGGUUCCGCCGCGUAUGGGUUCUGCAGGAGGUGGCUCUGGCCAAAGACGCAGUAUUGUUGUGCGGCGACGCGAGUAUCCACUGGCAACGCUUCUACACGGCUUUCUGGAUGCUGUGCGGCCUGCGCGACUACCUCAAUGCAGCCGUCGUCUCGCCCCGCGUUGUCACCACCGCUAACAUGGCCACCGCGGCCUUCCUCGACGCCAAGCUGCAGAACGUGGGGUCCGCCGCCUUCAGCUGGGUGCUCGCCGGCAGUGAAACUCCCCUCCGCCAGUUUUUGUAUUUCCUGGGAGCAAACGCCGACAACUCGCGCCUGCUGGCGUCGGACCACCGCGACUACUACUUCGCCUUGGUCGGCUUGGCCAGCGACGCCCAGCAGCUGAAGGUGCGCGUCAACUACGAGAAGUCGUGGCGGGAUGUGCGCGUGCACCUGGCCAAGGCGUGCCUGCAGCACUACGGCCUCGAGACGCUGUCGCACUGCAACAUCACCGCUUCGACAUGGUCGAGCGGCGAAGACGACGAGAAUGCCGAGGACGAAGGUGCCCCGUCCUGGGUCCCCAAUUGGGCAUCGCCGCAUCUCCCCAAGGCCCUGACCGUCUACUCGCAUCUCAACGUGCGAGGCGGUGGGGCCGGCCGCGCCUAUAGAGCGUCGGGGAGCUUGAAGCAGGGCAUCGAGGACUCCUCGUUCGAUGCAAACGGCAGGCUGAAGCUCUGGGCCAUCCGCGUCGACAGCGUCGAGCGCGUCGGUGACGGCCUCCCGGCAGAAGCAGUCAGCUACAGGGAUGGCGAGAACUUCGACUCUCUCGUCGCAUGGCUGGAGGGGCUGAGUGUCGUCUUGCCGGGCACAAACGACGUCUAUAACUCGACAGAGGAAGUCGUUGAGGCGCUGUGGAGGACGCCAAUUGCAGAUCGUGCGUUUGUUCAUAACUAUGAAACUAUACGCGCGCCGCAAGAUCUAAAGACGGGGUAUAUGGAUCUGCUCAGGGGAGUCAGGAGCCGCGAAGCCAUACGCUAUGCAGGCAUCGCGCAGUAUAAGCUCAAACGGAGGAAGCCUUUCAGGACUUCGAAGGGUUUUAUUGGGAUCGGUCCCCAAGAGGUUGGUGAGGGGGAUUGCUUGUGGAUACCUUUGGGCGCUGAUGUCCCGUUUGUCCUUCGUGAGGCGGAAGAUGGUCGUUUGGUUGUCGUUGGUGAAGCAUUUGUCCACGGGAUCAUGGAUGGCGAGCUGACAGAGGGGGGGAGUGUAGAGGUUAAACAGAUUCAGCUAAUAUAA